ACUUAAUUAAUUAGUUGUUAAUAACUUCACAAUCUCUCUUUCCGUCCUCCAUUAAAACCUCAAACCUCCCUGGCCGAAAGAAACAAACGAACAAACAAAAACCAAACAACAGAAAAAGCAAAUCUCUCGAUCUCCAUUCUUCUUCUCAGAGGGAUUCUCUCUCUAUAUGCUCGUCUGCUCAUUAUACUUCAAGGAGUUGCGGCCAGUUGUUGCUGAUGCUGAAUUUAGUAGAAUGGAACGAAUAGUCUGAAUAAAAGCAGAGACAAGAAAAAGAAGAAAUUUGUCACCAUUACAAUUGGAUGGGUAAUAAGCUGGGAAGGAGCAGGCAAGUGGUCGACGAGAGGUAUACGAGGCCACAAGGCCUCUAUGUUCACAAGGAUGUGGACCUUAAGAAGCUCAAAAAGCUUAUUCUUGAGUCCAAGCUCGCACCAUGUUAUCCUGGGGAUGAUGAAUUUUGCAAUGAUCAUGAAGAAUGCCCCAUUUGCUUCUUGUAUUACCCAAGUCUCAACAGAUCACGGUGUUGCAUGAAGGGCAUUUGUACAGAAUGUUUUCUACAGAUGAAAAAUCCUAAUACAACUCGUCCUACUCAAUGUCCUUUUUGCAAAACCACAAAUUAUGCUGUGGAGUAUCGAGGUGUUAAAUCAAAAGAGGAAAAGGGCAUGGAGCAAAUUGAAGAACAACGUGUUAUAGAAGCAAAAAUUAGGAUGCGGCAGCAGGAACUUCAAGAUGAAGAAGAGAGAAUGCAAAAAAGACUAGAAUUGAGUUCUUCAAGUACCAAUGCUGCACCAAGGGAGAUUGAAUAUGGCUCUGCAGCUGUUCAAUCUUUUAGGUCUCCUGUGGAAAGUGAGGAAAUUGUUCCUUCUAAAUGCUCAAUCAGUCACCAUCCACAGUAUAGACCGAACAGGGAUGAUGAGUUUGAUGUAGAUCUUGAAGGCCUUAUGGUUAUGGAGGCUAUUUGGCUUUCGAUUCAGGAGAAAGGCAGACAGAAGGGUCCAGCUCAUAUUGAUGCUACUUCAUCUGAAAAUUAUUCUGUAGAAGGUCAUUAUGCCUCACAAUCAAUGGCUCCAGUGACUGGUUCAUCAUCUUCCCCUUCUGGGGGUCUUGCUUGUGCAAUAGCGGCCCUUGCUGAACGUCAGCAGAUGGGUGGGCAAUCUUUUCUUCAUAAUAAUAGAAACUUUUCUACGUGCAACAUGCUUCCAGGCAGCAGCAGCAGCUGUAGUCUUUACAGCAGGCCAGAUCAGAUUGCAGAGAAUUACUCCUCUGCACCGAGCUCCAGCAAUAUGUCACCGGAUUGCAGAAUGGACACGUCAAGGGAUGAUGGAGAAUGGGGUGCAGACCGAGGAUCAGAUGCUGCUGAAGCUGGGACUAGUUAUGCAAGCUCUGAUACUGCAGAAGAUGCUGGUGGAAUUUCUGUUUUAUUACCGCCGCCACCACCACCAGCAGAUGAAAAUGGGGUGCUAUUUCAGAAUAACUCUGGACCAAUUGUUCCUGAGAGUUUUGAAGAGCAGAUGAUGCUGGCCAUGGCUGUUUCUCUUGCUGAGGCUCAAGCUGUGACAAGUGGACUGGGAAAUGCGUGGCAAUAGUUUUCAAGGGUAGGUUACAGUUCCAAAAAAAUGAUGCCAGUUAUGGCUUUUCAGCUAGCUGAGUAUUGAGCUAGGACGAGCGCAAACUGUGCUGUUUGCACCUGACUAAGAGGUCAAGGUAGCGAUGAUUCUCUUCUUCUCUGCACGCUCUCUAUAUAUAUACUUGUUAAAAGGAAAAUGGAUUGUCUUAGUGCAUGAAACUUUGUUUGGGUAUGAAAUUCAUAAUGACUCUAGUUCUUUCUUUUCAUGGUUUAUAUAUUGUUUUUUAUUUUUAA